AGUUGACCAGAUUUGUCAUCACUGCAAUUUUUUUCGACAGUGGAAAAGCCAACCUGUGAUUGGGAGCUGCCCCACUGGAAACCUUCAACUGUCGGCAGCCAUAUAUUUCACUGGCACUUCAUUUUUCCAGUUACAAAAGGUAUUCAAAGCCAUGCAUCUGAAAAGCAUUGGACACUCCACAUUCAGACGGCAUGCUAGAAGUUACUUGGAGCCUGCCGUGAUCCACAAAUGGCAUGCGUUCCAGGAAUCUGAAUUUGAGCACCUGAGGCAGAGACCAGUCAAAAUUGGUGGUGACAUGAGGGCAGACUCACCAGGCCACUCAGCAAAAUACGGUAGCUACAGUCUGAUGAACCUGGAAAACAACAACAUCAUUGACAUUCAACUUGUGCAGAGCAAUGAGGUUGGCGGGAGUCACAAUAUGGAAAAAGAGGGGCUAAAAAGAAGUCUCGAGCUUCUUGAAUCCAAAGGUGUGGCUAUUGAGUACAUCGUCACAGAUCGGCAUCCUCAAAUACAAAAAUUUCUUAGAGAGCGCAGCACACAGCACUUCUAUGACGUCUGGCACUUUGAAAAGGGUCUGUCUAAGAAACUGGACAAAAUUUCCAAAGACAAGGACUGUGCAGUUGUGAAGAAGUGGCAGCGUGGCAUCAGAAACCAUGUUUAUUGGUGUGCAACCUCAUCAUCCACAGGGACAGAGAAGGUUGCAAAAUGGACAUCGGUUGUGAACCACAUCCAAAACAAACACACCUACGACAAUCCUGCUUUUCCAAAGUGUCUGCAUCCAGUUCGCCAGACAACAGAUCAUAAGAAAUAG